UGGAGGAGAACUGGGCUCCAACUUGCGGCGCGGUCGCGGCGGCCGGCACUUCGGGCGACUUCCCUAGAGGCCUUUGAGGUCGCAGUGGAAAAAGUGAAAUCUCGGAGCCGCUCCGUCGAAUGGGACCCGGCCCCGCGCGAAGACGUCGGGAGAGCUACGGCUGAGGAGAACCGCGGAACUUGGGCCGGGUUGCCUGAGCAGCUCGGACCUCGGAGUCUCCUUUCAGCUCCGUCGUGUUUCUCCCCCGGGAGGAAGGGAGAGCCGAGCCGGACCACACGGAUCAGCGCUUACCCAGGAGCCGACCCAGCUGUGAACUAGGAGAGCUUUAUAUUCUUUGCAAGUGAGAACUUACCUUCGGGAGACGUAAAUAAAGUAGGAUAUUUAACGAAGUACAGCAGUUUGACAGAAGGUAUGAGUGGAGAGUAUAGAGGCAGAGGAUUUGGACACGGAAGAUUUCAAAGCUGGAAAAGAAGAAGAGGUGGUGGAAACUGUUCAGGAAAGUGGAGAGAAAGAGAAUGCAGACCUGACCUAAGUAAAACCACAGGGAAACGUACUUCUGAACAAACCCCACAGUCUUUGCUACUACAGUCAACAUUGGAUCAGUUCAUACCAUAUAAAGGCUGGAAGUUUUAUUUCUCUGAAGUUUACAGCGAUAGCUCUCCUUUUAUUGAGAAGAUUCAAGCAUUUGAAAAUUUUUUCACAAGGCGCAUUGAUUUAUAUGAUAAGGAUGAAAUAGAAAGAAAGGGAAGUAUUUUGGUGGAUUUUAAGGAGCUGACAAAAGAUGACGAAAUCACUAACUUGAUACCAAAUAUAGCAAAUGAACUAAGGGAUACGCCUGAGAAAACCUUGGCUUGCAUGGGUCUGGCAAUACAUCAGAUAUUAACUAAGGACCUUGAAAGGCAUGCAGCUGAAUUACAAGCCCAAGAAGGAUUACCCAGUGAUGGGGAAACAAUGGUAAAUGUGCCACAUGUUCACGCAAGAGUGUACAACUAUGAGCCCUUAACACAGCUCAAGAAUGUCCGAGCAAAUUACUAUGGAAAAUACGUUGCUCUACGAGGGACAGUGAUUCGAGUCAGUAAUAUAAAGCCCCUUUGCACCAAGAUGGCUUUUCUGUGUGCUGCAUGUGGGGAAAUUCAGAGUUGUUCUCUUACAGAUGGAAAAUAUAAUCCUCCCACAAAGUGUCCUGUGCCUGCAUGUCGAGGGAAGUCAUUUACUGCUCUGCGUAGCUCUCCUCUCACAGUUACCGUGGACUGGCAGUCGAUCAAAAUCCAGGAGCUAAUGUCUGAUGAUCACCGAGAAGCAGGUCGGAUUCCCCGAACAAUAGAAUGUGAGCUUGUUCACGAUCUUGUGGAUAGCUGUGUCCCAGGAGACACAGUGACUAUUACGGGAAUUGUCAAAGUCUCCAAUGCUGAAGAAGGCUCUCGAAAUAAGAAUGACAAAUGCAUGUUCCUUCUGUACAUUGAAGCAAAUUCUGUUAGCAAUAGCAAAGGGCAGAAAACAAAGACUUCAGAGAGUGGGUCUAAGCAUGGAACAUUGAUGGAGUUCUCACUUAAAGACCUUUAUGCCAUCCAAGAGAUUCAAGCUGAAGAAAAUCUGUUUAAGCUCAUUGUCAACUCGCUUUGCCCUGUCAUUUUUGGUCAUGAACUUGUCAAAGCAGGUUUGACAUUAGCACUCUUCGGAGGAAGCCAGAAAUAUGCAGAUGACAAAAACAGAAUGCCAAUUCGAGGAGACCCACACAUCCUUGUUGUUGGAGAUCCGGGCUUGGGAAAGAGUCAGAUGCUACAAGCAGCGUGCAACGUUGCUCCACGUGGCGUAUAUGUUUGUGGUAACACCACUACCACCUCUGGUCUGACUGUGACUCUUUCAAAAGACAGUUCCUCUGGAGAUUUUACUUUGGAAGCUGGUGCCCUGGUACUUGGUGAUCAAGGUAUCUGUGGAAUAGAUGAAUUUGAUAAGAUGGGGAAUCAACAUCAAGCCUUGUUAGAAGCCAUGGAACAGCAAAGUAUUAGCCUUGCCAAGGCUGGAGUGGUUUGUAGCCUCCCUGCAAGAACUUCCAUUAUUGCUGCUGCAAACCCAGUUGGAGGACAUUACAAUAAAGCUAAAACAGUUUCUGAGAAUUUAAAAAUGGGGAGUGCCCUGUUAUCCAGAUUUGACUUGGUCUUUAUUCUGUUAGACACUCCCAAUGAGGAUCAUGAUCACUUACUCUCUGAACAUGUGAUUGCAAUAAGAGCUGGAAAGCAGAGAGCUGUCAGCAGUGCCACAGUAGCUCGUUAUAGUCAAGAUUCAAAUACUUCUGUACUUGACGUGGUUUCUGAUAAACCUUUAUCAGAAAGACUAAAGGUGGCUCCUGGAGAAACAACAGAUCCCAUUCCCCACCAGCUAUUGAGAAAAUACAUUGGCUAUGCCCGGCAGUAUGUCUAUCCAAGGUUAUCCACAGAUGCUGCUCAAGUUCUUCAGGAUUUUUACCUGGAGCUCCGGAAACAGAGCCAGCGGUUAAACAGCUCACCGAUAACUACUAGGCAGCUAGAAUCUCUGAUUCGUCUAACAGAGGCACGAGCAAGGUUGGAAUUGAGAGAGCAAGCAACUAAAGAAGAUGCUGAGGAUAUAGUUGAAAUUAUGAAAUAUAGCAUGCUAGGAACUUAUUCUGAUGAAUUUGGGAACCUAGAUUUUGAGCGCUCACAGCACGGUUCUGGAAUGAGCAACAGGUCAACAGCAAAAAGAUUUAUUUCUGCUCUCAACAACAUUGCUGAAAGAACUUACAAUAAUUUAUUUCAAUUUCAUCAACUUCGACAGAUUGCCAAAGAGCUAAACAUUCAGGUUGUUGACUUUGAAAACUUUGUUGGAUCACUAAACGACCAGGGUUACCUCUUGAAAAAAGGCCCGAAGGUUUACCAGCUUCAGACUACAUAAAAGGAUUUUACCAGAUGGGAACCCAGAAUGUAAGCAACUUGUCUAAGAACUUAGAAAAAGAACAAAAGAGAGAAGAGUUUCCACUAAGAAGAUGGAGGCAUUCCUCCCCCCUCCCCCGCUUCUCGGAAAUUACCCAAAGGCAACAAGGAGACUGAGGAACAAACACAGAUAGCUGAUCUUCUUAUGUGGACUAGGAAACAGCAGAAGCCUUAACCCAUGUUAGGAACAGCUAGCUGCCAAAAGCUGUCAGGAUGGCACAGGCAGCCUUGCCUGAGGGAGGAAGCAGAGAUGAUGCUUGUGGCCGAAGAUCUCAGAAGGAAACAACAAAGUAUAUCUCUCAAAAUGUACUUUGCACACCUAUUGAAGCAAAAACUAAAAUCUCAUGCUUCCAAUAGUAUGAAUAUGGUAUACAGGUUCUCUGAACUUUGAGUUCAAGAAGUAAAGGAGGAAAGGUUAAAUGAGAAGUCACACAGAUAAACCACCUAAAAGGAAAAAAAAAAAAAACUCAGGCUGGCGGCAGAAUUCUCCAGCAACAUGCAUCACUAAAACAAUGGAGCAAUGCCUAUAAAAUUUUUAAAGGAAGAAUUUUAUGCCCCGGGUAUUUCAGUCAGGUUUCUUAGUUGCAAAUCAGGAGUCAACAAACUUUUUUCCUGUAAUGGACCAAACAGUAAAUAUUUUAGGCUUUGUGGGCCAGAUGGCCUCUGUCACAGCUAAAUUCUGCCAUUUUACAGCUCCACUUAAGCUGGGAAAGGAUUUCUGCUCAGAAGGCACAACUUCAAGCAUACAUUGUGUGGAUUAGCCAAACAGUCAGGCUUUAUAUGAGAUAAGAUUGGAGGAUUGGCGAAAUCAAUUAGAUCAUGCCACACCUAUGCUUAUCUUACUCAGAAUAAAAGCAAAAAUACUCAAAAUGGCUUACAAUGCUGCUUGUUCAUACUCUGACCUUAACUCUUACUGCUCUCCUUCCCCUCACUCUGCUUCAGUCCCACCGGUUUCCUUACUAGGCCUUGAACAUGCCAAGCACACUUGUACCUCCAGGCCUUUGCACAUGCUGUCCCUUCUGUCUGCUAUGGUCUUACACCAGGGAGCCACAUGUCAGCUCCUUUGGGUCAUUACUCAAAUGUCACCUUGUUGAGGUCUUCCCUGGACGUUAUGUUUAAAACUGCACUCCUGAUGCUGUCUUUCUUCCCUGUUUGGUUUCCAUAGCAGUCAACAAAUCUAACAUACGUAGUUUAUUCAUCUUGUUCAUGUCUGUUUUCUCAUUCCCACUACAAUAUAAGCUCCUUGGGGACAGAAAUAUUAUACUUUUUUUUUUACUGUUAAAUUCCCUUUUCCUGUAACAGUGCCUGACAUGUGACAGGUACUCAGCAAGUAUUUGUUGAAUGAAAGGCAGUUUGGGGAAGAGGCAUGUGAGUGAACUUUUCAGAAUAUGCUGUGUGAGAAUAUCUGUGUCAGUGUGAAUGCUUACCAAAAGGAGCUUCACAAUUAAAUGGAUGUGACCUUUUCCACGGAUGUCAGCCAGCCUUUCUCCAGCCACUCCAGCCCUUGCUCACUGAGUUCAUGAACAAAGUGACCGUGGGGGCAAGGGUGGUUGUUAUGCAUGUGCUCAAGAACACAAACUUUCCUCACCAAGGCUGACUUAGACGCUUGCCAUUGCUGAGUAUCUAGCUUGCCUUGCCAGCAGAGCAAUCCAUCCUGAGACAACACAGCACCAUACUUAAGGAAGACCAGCUUGCCACUUGGUGGCAGAUCAAUUACAUUGGGCUUUGAGGGGGCAGCAGUUUGUUCUCACUGGAAUAGAUGCUUAUUUUGGAUAUGUAUUUGUUUCCCUUUCUGCCUUUGCUUCUUUCAGCAAUGCCAUCUGUGAACUUACUGACCUUAUUUACCAUCAUGAUAUCCCACAUAUUACUUUUGACCAAGGAAGUCAUUGUAUAACCAAAGAAGUAAAGCAGUGUGUUGAAGUUCAUGUGCUACUGUUUUACCACGUACCCCAUCAUCUAGAUGCAUCUGGCCAUAUGGAACACUGCCAUGGACUAUUGAACAGUCAGUUAUGGUGUCAGCUAGAUAAUACCUUGCAUGUCUGUUUGACUGUCCUACAGGAUGUAUUCUCUGAACCAGUGACCAUUUAUCUGGUACUGUUUCUUCCCUAAUAAGAACACAUGAGUCCAGUAGCCAAGGUGUGAGAGAAACGUGUCAUUGUUACUCGUAAUGGCCCAUUCAUUAAAUUUUUGCUUUGUAUCGCUAUACAUUUGGGUUUUACUGAUUAAAGGUCUUAGUAUCCAAAGAAGCAAUGGUUCCUUUCAGCUGGAGGUUGAGGCUGCUACCUAAACAUUUUGGACUCUUACGCCUAUGAACUAGAAAACAAAAAGCAUUCCUGGCUUGGUCAGUGGGUUCGCUCCUAAUCAUGAGGGGGAAACUGGGUCACUGCUAUAAAUAGAGGCAUUAAGGAACAUUUCUAGAAUCUAAGGAAUCCUCUAAUAUAUAGAUCCAGUGGGAAAAGGUAAUGAAAGACUAUAGGCAGGACCAUGAAGGGCUUAGACACUUAAGGAAUGAAGCUUUGAGUUACCCUGCAGGUAAAGAAUCCAGGUCAGCUGAGAUGCUGACUGAGCAAAAAAGCAAUAAGGAAUAGGAAACAGAAGAAGAUAACUCUAAUAACUAGGACAUCAUGACCAGUUACAGAAGCAAAGCCUGUAUUUAUACAUUAACCAAUUUGCCUCCC